AAUGAUAUAAUAAGAACGCAAGGAUGAUUUAAGACUUAAGAUUCUUCUUUAAUCUUCAAUCAAAGUUAAAACUGACAAUUUAUGCAAAUUCAUUGACAAAAUAGUUCCAUUAAAUGAAAAUCAAGCUUUUAUUUAUUACGAUGCCGGCUCUUAUGAAAUUUAUGAUGUAGAGUCACAAUAAAUUAUUGGCAGAGGCUAAAUCAGUAAUGAUGUCAAAUACUUCUAUCAAAUAUAUCCAUAGUAAUUUUUAAACUCAUUAUUAGGACCUUGUGUUUUCUUGACCCUGAAGAUAUGAAAGUUAAGUUUUUGGAUCUUAAAACUCAUUAACUCAAUCAAUCAUUUGCUUUUGCUGCUAGUAAUGUAGUUAAAUAAAAUAGUGAAAAACAAUAAAAAGAAACAUUAGCAGAUAGUAACUAAUCAAAUUAUAUUUAGAAUUUCGCAUUAUGAUUUUAGAUAGAGAAUCAGAAAAGAUAAGAUAUUUCAUUACUUAAGAUUUAGAAAAAUAAUAUUCAAAUACUAAUAUAGGUCAUUUUAUUAUUAGAGUCAUCCCUCAAAAUUAUACUUCUGACACUUAAUUUGAUAUGAAUCCUGUAUUUGAAUAUAACUAUCCCAAUAAAACAGGAUAAACUGAAUUAUAUAAUUGGUAAGUGGAUGAAGAAACAUUUGCUGUCUUUGGAUAAGAUUUUGAACUAGGAUAAGCAGAGGUUCUGUUAAUCAAACCACACCUAUUAGAAAAAGCAUUCUACAUUAUUUAAAUCAAAGAUACUAUUUCCUACACAUUAAUAAAUAUUACUAAUUGGAUACAUCCUCAUUUAAUUGCUAUUUGGUAAAACAAUAACGAAGGAACUGCCAAGCCAACAAUAUUUACAAUUGAUAUAAGAUAAUAUUAUGAUGGAUAAAAUUGGUUACCUGAACCAGAAUAUAAUCCAAUUAAAGUAUGCAUAAAUAUUUAGUUUUAGGUUAGAGAUGAUUAUGUUGGAGAUGAACCUGUUACAUUUGUAGAUAUCUAUCAAUUUUAAUUGAAUUCAACAUAUGUCUUAUAAUAUAGACUUGUUGGAGUUGAACCAAGACUUUCAUUAAUUAAUUAUGCCAAUAUUGAUAAGCCUGAAUUGAUUAAUGAAGUAAAAAUAAAUGAUAACUUUUUCCAUGAAUUACCAUCAAAUAAAUCUUAUUUAUUGUAAUAUAAUGAUUUAGAGUAAAAUAUAUAUCAUAUUUAAUUAGAAUAAAAGAUGGACUUAUUGAAUUUAGCAUUGUAUUUCCAGUUGAUGCAAGACAUUAAUUAUUAUAAAUUAUUGAAAAAGCAAAAUUAAUUGAUAAAUAUGGUAUAAAUAAUGUUGAGGAACUAUUUGAAUUUUAUUAAUGAG